UUGUAUUAUUAUUUUUUUGGGGGUGGGGGUGGGGUUAUUUAUUGAUCGCCGAGGCCGUUUUGCUCCCCAAUUUCCCAACCACCAAACAAGAGGAAUGAAGUCUGGCGUCGGACGGGGGUCCCUGGCCUUGGUGAGGGGGCUCCUGCUGCCGCCGCUGCUGCUGCUGCUCUGCAUCGCGCUUUGCCUGCGGCCAGCAAAUGGAAAAAUUUGUGGGCCAAACAUCGACAUACGCAACAGUAUGGAGGAACUGAAGCAGCUGGAGGGCUGUACAGUGGUGGAAGGAUAUCUCCAGAUUUUGUUGAUCAAUCAAGGAGAGGACUUUAGCAACUUCCGCUUCCCCAAACUCACCAUGAUCACCGAUUAUUUGUUGCUUUUCCGCGUGGCUGGCCUGGAGACCCUCAGCGACCUCUUUCCGAACUUGACUGUGAUUCGGGGCAAGAGCCUUUUCUACAACUACGCGUUGGUCAUCUUCGAGAUGACCAACCUCAAGGAAAUUGGGCUGUACAACUUGAGGAACAUCACUCGGGGAGCCAUCCGGAUCGAGAAGAAUUCUGACCUCUGUUACUUAUCCACGGUGGACUGGUCUCUGAUCUUGGAUGCUGUUUCCAAUAACUACAUUAUAGGAAAUAAACCGGCAAAAGAAUGUGGGGAUUUGUGUCCAGGAACGGUGGAGGAGAAACCGCUGUGUGAGAAGACUUCCAUAAAUAAUGAAUACAGCUUCCGCUGCUGGACUUCCAACCACUGCCAGAAAACCUGUCCCAGUUCCUGUGGCAAACAUGCUUGCACAGACCAGAAUGAAUGCUGUCACCCCGAAUGCUUGGGCAGCUGCACCGCACCCCACAACAGCUCGGCCUGUGUAGCCUGUCGCAACUACUACCACGAUGGCACCUGUGUUCCUACCUGCCCACCCAACACCUACAAGUUUGAGGGCUGGCGUUGCAUUACCAAGGAGAACUGCUCCCGGAUCCCUUCCUCGGAUCUACUUGGGGAAUAUGAGAGCUUUGUGAUCCAUGACGAUGAGUGUGUACAAGAGUGCCCCCCGGGAUUUGUGCGCAACGACACCCAAAGCAUGUUCUGCAGCCCUUGUGAGGGACCCUGCCCCAAAGUGUGCGCAGAUGACAAAAUCAUGAUGAUCGACUCCGUCACCUCGGCACAGACGCUCCAGGGAUGCACCGAAAUUAGAGGGAACCUUCUUAUCAACAUCCGCCGUGGGAACAAUAUCGCCUCUGAGCUGGAGGACUUCAUGGGGUUGAUAGAAACGGUGACCGGAUAUGUGAAGAUCCGUCAUUCUCAUGCUUUGGUGUCCUUGUCGUUUUUGAAGAACUUGCGAUAUAUCAACGGAGAGGAACAACUGGAAGGGAAUUACUCGUUUUAUGUGCUGGACAACCAAAACUUGCAGCAACUGUGGGACUGGAGCCAUCAUAACCUGACCAUCAAAGAAGGGAAGAUGUACUUCGCUUUUAACCCUAAAUUGUGCGUUUCGGAGAUUUACCAAAUGGAGGAGGUGACUGGAACCAAAGAUCGACAAAGUAAAGGCGACAUCAAUCCGAGGAACAACGGAGAAAAGGCAUCUUGUGAAAGUCACAUCCUGAAAUUCGUUUCCAACACUACAAUGAAAAAUCGGAUCAAACUGACAUGGGAACAGUAUCGGCCUAAAGAUUACAGAGAUUUGAUUAGCUUCACCGUCUAUUACAAAGAAGCAGCCUUCAAGAACGUGACAGAAUAUGACGGGCAGGACGCCUGUGGUUCUAACAGCUGGAACAUGGUUGAUGUGGACCUGCCUUCGAAUAAAGAUGACAAUCCAGGGAUAUUACUGCAGCCGCUGAAACCGUGGACCCAAUAUGCAAUUUAUGUCAAAGCUGUCAUGCUCACCAUGAUGGAGAACUACCACCCUCAUGGAGCGAAGAGUGAGAUCGUCUACAUCCGCACGAAGGCUGCAGUGCCGUCCGUCCCUCUGGAUGUUAUCUCGGCUUCCAACUCCUCCUCACAGCUGAUUGUGAAAUGGAACCCUCCCACUUACCCCAAUGGCAACCUGUCCUACUAUAUUGUAAGGUGGCAGCAGCAGCCUCAGGAUAGCUACCUGUACAGACACAACUACUGCUCCAAAGAUAAAGUCCCGAUUCGGAGAUAUGCUGAUGGGACCAUAGAUACUGAAGAAGCUACGGAACCCACCAAGGCGGAGGGGUCUGGCGGGGAGAAAGGACCUUGCUGCAAAUGCCCAAAGACGGAAGCAGAGAAGCAGGCUGAGAAGGAGGAAGCCGAGUACCGGAAGGUCUUCGAGAAUUUCCUCCAUAACGCCAUCUUUUUGCCCAGACCUGAUCGGAAGAGAAGGGAUUUGUUCCGCGUCGCAAACACAACGUUUGCCGGUAAGAACAAGACUGCGAUCGCUCCAGAACACCCGAGCAACGGGACCGACGUGGAGGAGGGUGAGGUGGAGUUUCCCUUCUACGAAGCGAAGGUGGAGGGCAAGGAACGGACCCUCAUCUCCCAGCUCCUGCCUUUCACCCUUUAUCGGAUCGACAUCCACAGUUGCAACCACGAAGCGGCACGCCUGGGCUGCAGCGCUUCAAAUUUUGUCUUCGCCCGGACGAUGCCUGCAGAAGGGGCUGAUAACAUUCCAGGAAGUGUAACGUGGGAAGGGAAGGAGGAAAACACCAUAUCCCUGAAGUGGCCCGAGCCGGUUAACCCCAAUGGGUUGGUUUUGAUGUACGAAAUCAAAUAUGGACAAAACGGAGAGGAGAAACGGGAGUGCGUUUCCAGGCAAGAAUAUAAAAAACUUGGUGGAGCCAAACUGACUCAUUUGAACCCGGGAAAUUACACGGUUAGAGUCCAGGCCACUUCGCUAGCUGGGAACGGAUCCUGGACGGAGCCAAUCUCGUUCUACGUCCAACCUAAACCGGCAGACUACGGAAAUUUCUUGCAUCUGAUCAUUGUGCUGCCCAUUGCAGUCCUGCUGAUCAUUGGGGGGCUGCUCAUCAUGCUUUAUGUCUGCAACAAGAAGAGGAACAGCGACAGGCUUGGAAACGGAGUGCUUUACGCUUCUGUGAAUCCUGAAUAUUUCAGUGCAUCGGAUGUGUAUGUGCCAGAUGAAUGGGAAGUGCCCAGAGAAAAGAUUACGAUGUGCCGGGAACUUGGACAAGGCUCCUUCGGCAUGGUCUACGAGGGAGUAGCCAAAGGGGUUGUGAAAGACGAGCCGGAAACCAGAGUGGCCAUCAAGACAGUCAACGAAUCAGCAAGCAUGAGGGAGCGGAUCGAGUUUCUGAACGAAGCUUCGGUGAUGAAGGAGUUCAACUGCCACCACGUUGUUCGGCUCCUUGGCGUUGUCUCUCAAGGUCAGCCCACUCUGGUCAUCAUGGAACUCAUGACCCGAGGAGAUCUGAAGAGCUACCUGCGGUCUCUCCGCCCGGACACGGAAAACAACCCCGUUCAGAAUCCUCCGCCUUUAAAGAAGAUGAUUCAGAUGGCUGGGGAGAUUGCGGAUGGCAUGGCUUAUCUCAACGCCAACAAGUUUGUCCACAGAGAUCUGGCUGCCAGGAACUGCAUGGUGGCUGAGGACUUCACUGUGAAAAUUGGAGAUUUUGGCAUGACGAGGGAUAUCUACGAGACUGAUUACUACCGGAAAGGUGGAAAGGGACUUUUGCCGGUCCGCUGGAUGUCCCCAGAAUCGCUGAAGGAUGGCGUGUUCACUACCCACUCGGAUGUUUGGUCUUUCGGCGUUGUCUUGUGGGAAAUCGCCACCUUAGCGGAGCAGCCUUACCAAGGCAUGUCCAAUGAACAAGUUCUACGAUUCGUGAUGGAGGGAGGCCUCCUGGAAAAGCCAGACAACUGCCCAGACAUGCUCUUCGAACUGAUGCGCAUGUGCUGGCAGUACAACCCCAAGAUGCGCCCUUCUUUCCUGGAGAUCAUCGGCAGCAUCAAGGACGAGCUGGACCCAGCCUUCAAAGAGGUCUCCUUCUUCUACAGCGACGAGAACAAGCCUCCCGACACGGAAGAGCUUGACUUGGAGACAGAGAACAUGGAAAGCAUUCCUUUAGAUCCUUCCUCUACCCUCCAGCCUUCUGACAAACACUCAGGACACAAAGCCGAGAAUGGCCCGGGCGUCAUGGUCCUGCGGGCCAGCUUUGAGGAGAGGCAGUCGUACGCCCACAUGAACGGGGGACGCAAGAACGAACGGGCCUUGCCUUUACCCCAGUCUUCAGCCUGCUGACCUUGAGAAAACAGGUUGUUGGGUGUUUUUUGUUUUUGUUUUUUGUUUCGUUUUCGGGGUCUUUUUUUUUUUUUUUUUCAAAUGCAGAAAUAAGGCGGCUCGUGCAUCUGAAGGGGGUUGAGCUUGGGAGGAAAGGCGAGAGCAAGCGAGAAAAAUAACAAUAUAUUCUUCAAAAGCCGACUGUACCUCAGUGGAUCUUCAAGAACUGUCAUUAACUGCACACAGGAGAAUCCUCUCUUCGAUUUCGAAGUCGAAAUGACUUUUAUUAUUAUUUUUUUUCCUCUUCUUUUUUUUUUUUUUUUGGUGUCGUUUCAAUAUGCAAAGCAGGAGAUCGCUUCGAGCAACAGAAACUCUCUGUACACAUGGGGCACAGUCAGCCUUCUAAAAAAAAAAACUUUGAAUAUUAACACUUAAUAGCAACAGAAAAACAAACAAACAAACUUGAGAAUCUGAUGUGUGUCUCCCGUUUCCUCUCCUUUCUUUCUGCUUCAUGAUGGGAAACAUGUCUGUGUGAAGUUUUUUUUUUUCUUUCCAUUUCUUAAAAUUUUUGCAUCCGAGAAAAAAACAAAAAAAACAACAACGACAGGCCUACCAGCUCUCCUGCUUCCCUUCCCUGCCUGACACUCCAUAGGUGGUUACAAGAGAGAGAGAGAGAAAGAGAAAGACUGGAUUUAUAUAUUUUUUUUACUAUGAUUCCUUAAAACUUUCUAGGGUCACACAAAAGACCGAAGAGUCAUAACUUUUUUCCAGCGCUGCCAAACUUUGCCAAAAAAAAAAAGAAAGAAAGAAGAAGAAGAAGAGAAUUUUCUUUUAGGGUUUUCCUGGUUUUUGUUUUAUUUCGUUUUUGAGGUGUUUGUUUUUCGUCACACGUCCCCGUUGAAACAAAAUACAGACCAAUACACUCCCGUUAUCUAUCGUACACUGGCAUUUUUAGAAAAGCUUAACAAAAAAUCAUUAUUAUUAUUAUUAUUAUUUGACUGGACAAAAGAAAAGGCUGUUCUCUCUCUCUCUCUCUCUCUUUUUUUUUUAAAUAAAAAAAAGGCAUGGCAGAGAACAUAAGGGAUAUGGGGUCGAGUUAGCAACCCUGCCCCGUUCGUUCUGGAUACAACUGGCAUCGAGGAUCGGAGCAACGAGGCGAGGAUGGAGAUGCAGAAAUUUCAACCCCGGCCCUCCAGAAUGGAAAUACAGACAGACAAAACAGGAAGCGUUGCUAUGAGUUGUUUCUUCUGGUCUUUGGCAGGCUUGCAAGGGGGGAAAAAAUUUUAAGUGAAAAAGAAAAGGAAAAAAAACUUAAGAGAAACACUAAAAAAAACAACAAACAAACAGGAGAAGAAUGGGCAAUUAAACCAGAUUCAGGCCUCCGACUCUUUGAUGACUUUCUCCCCCCCCCACCCUAUGUUAUUAAGACUUCAAGGGGUCUUGCAGUUCUAUGUUAGACCAUGGCUCAUUUGCAUACACAUUUGUCUUUUUGUGUCACUUUUAUAACUUUUUUACAGUUCAGAUACUCAUCUAUAUGUCUGUACAGAAAAAAAAAAAGCUGCUAUUUUUUUGUUCUUUAUCUUUGUGGAUUUAAUCUAUGAAAAAGAAAAAAAAUCUUCAGGUCAACCCUCUUUCCUCUCCCACCCACCCACCUCCACUUCCCGUCCUUCCAUUUCCGAUGAAUUUCUUCCCUCAUGCUUUGUACUACAUAUAUAUAUAUAUAUAUGUAUGUAUGUAUAAAGUUGGACCUUUUUACCUCCAUCCUGCCACCUCUUUUCCCGAACCGCCGUACCUGGAUUCGCGAUUUGCCAUCGAUGGUUUUAACACCUUUGAAAGAUUUUCCUGGUUUCGUUUUUGGUUUUUUUGCUUUCUUUCUCUCCUCUUCUGUCUUCUCCUUUCGGGUUUUUUUGCUUUGAAAUAUAUCUAUAUAUUUAUGACUGUCUGUUUGGGUUAAAGGACGCUUUGUGGGGCUGACAGGAGAAAAGUACGUUGCCAAUCAAUGUUCAUGCCCGAUUAUGUAUUAUGCCCUCUUGAACCGCCAUCCUCACUCUUGUCGCAUACCCAGGUCUGUUACAGUGCGAGGUAGGAUGGAGACUCAGGUCACCAAAAAAAGAGAGAAGAAAAUUAACUAUUUAAUGCAAGGAUGGGCAACUGUGGCAGUUUUAUGGCCCGUGGACUUCAACUCCCACAAUUCCUGAGCCAGCAUGGAAUUCUCAUUCAGAGCUGGCUCGGGAAUUCUGGGAGUUGAAGUCCAUGGGUCAUAAAGCUCCCGUAGCUAUCAAUCCUUGAUUUACCCAUGUUGUUCUGCUCUUAGCAGUGUGGCAUCGCCUCGCCCUCCUUCCCGUUGGCCCUUUUAAACUUGGGUUGUCACUCGCAAACCACCGCAACAUCCCGAAGUACAUCAGAUGUAGGUGAACUUUCUGAUGGACCUUACCCUUCUGUAAGGGUGCGGCCUUGCCUUGCCUUGCCAAGCAUCAACUUUUCCAUCCAGCACGCAUUUCAUUUUUCGCCAGUGGUGAUUUUGCAAGGCCGUUCAGCUUUCCUCUUGAUUUCUGGGUAUCUUUGGCCACCGCUGCGUCCAAAAAGAUGAAAUAGCGGAUGGAUAGAAAUUUUGGAGAGGUGAUAAGAGGUGAAACCGAAUUAAGGUGUUGCAACGGGUUUGGUUGAAAAAGAGGAGAACUCAAGAGGUUGUUGAUACUGGCUUAAUCCAACUGUAGCCCGACAUGGAAAUUCUGUGUUAGCACUGAUUAAACCAAAAAAAAAAUAAAAUCUGGCAGCAGAUGAAGGUUUGUUCUGGGUUGAAAAUAUUGAUUCCUCUCCUUUUUAAAAAAAAAAUAUUUUUUUUUUUUUUGGGCUGGGGGUUUUGUGUUUGAGUAAGAACAAAGAAUUAAAAUAUAAACUGCUAGAUUGUGACUGGAGAUAAAACUUAUGUUUGUAGUGCUUUCUUUCCUUCCUUUUUUGCUUGUGUAGCUUCAGUCCCAACCAUUUUUUCGCCUCCCCCGUAGUUAACUAUUUUCCCCCUUUUUCGAGAAAAAAAAAAGAGCAAGAAAAAAAGAAAAAAAAAGUAUUCUAUGUAGGAUUCUUUUUAUUUAUUUUAUAUAUUUUUUUUUGUGCUCUCAGUUUAAAUCACUGUAGAAGUGCCCCAUAAUACAUUUUAAAUACUGAAAUAAGGGUUUGUUUUGUUUUUCUGAGUUACGACGGGACAGUUUUUAUUUCGUUUUUCAAACAUUUUAUCUACCUCACUCUUUUUUUGGUGUGUAUAUAUAUAUAUAUAAAUAUAUAAAAAUAUACAUCUCACGUUUUCUCAGCAGCCGACAAUAUACUGUUGAAUACUGGCGACCUCAUUUGUUAUACAAACCACAUCCUCUGGGUUUUUAGAGAAGAAGGUCACUGCUGAAUACAUACACACUCACACACACAAAUCCCUUGGAGAAGAAAGUUGUUGCUGCUUCACCCUCACAAAUGCUUUUGUCUCUGUGGUGUGUAGUGGAUUGAAAGCAGUUUUCACUUGGUUUUGAGUACAAAUGAAAAGCUUCUGUCCCUCUAGUUCAGGGGUCUCCAACCUUGGCAACUUGAAGACUUGUGGACUUCAACUUUGGGAGUUGAAGUCCACAAGUCUUCAAGUUGCCAAGGUUGGAGACCUGUCCUCUAGUUAAAUAGAACAGGCAGGUGAAAAGCCCAAGGGAACUAUCUUGGUGGGGUCAAACCAGGUUAUCUGCUGAGAUGAAGUAGGGUUUAAAAACGGGAGAGCCUUAACAGGUUGGUCAGGUCCUAGUCACAUGUUGAAGAUGGGCAUGGAGAAGGAGGUCUAAUCCUUUUGAAGUUCUUCCAGGCGCCUCCAAACCCCUGAAAGAGAUGUUGUGGAACCAAAUGAUGCCUCCCUUUACACGAAGUAGACCUUUAUCUCUCUGGCAGAAACGGUGAAAUGGAGUUCCCUAUAAAACCAACCUAGUGUAGGAUUGGAGAGAGGAAUGAGUUGAUUAGGAACACAAAGACAUGAUAUGUGUUUGUAGGCUGAAAAACUGUUGACAGCUUGGAUUGUAUUUUCCUGGAAUCUCCAAACGAUGUUAGUUUUUGUUUUUUCGGUCGUGAAAACCUCUCAGGUGACGAGCCCCUGGUUUAAUUCAUCUGCCAGUCAAGUGGUGGUUCUCCAUUCUGGCCACCGUUCAUAACCAUAGAGCUUGUAAUCAUCUUCCCCAGUUUGGAGUCAUCCAGCUGGGUUGAAUCUGGAUUCUCAGCCUGAAUUUGUGCGUCUGGAGACUCCAGGUUAAAGGAUGACUUGCUUGCUGCAUCUGAAUUAUGUCGUGCUCAACUAGAUGAUACAAAACUUAAUUGUGUCAAUAUCCACCAGUUGGCCUCUAGAGACAUGAAAGACAUCUAAGGCCAUGCUUGUGUCUAAAAUGGAUUUUGGCAGGGAGCAGAUCCUGGCUAUUCUUUGCUGCAGGGGUCUCCAAUCUUGGCAACUUUAAGACUUGUAGACUUCAGCUUCCAGAGUUCAGGAACUCUGGAAGUUGAAGUCCACAAGUCUUGAAGUUGCUAAGGUUGGAGACCCCUGCUUUGUUUGAUGUCCUUCUGUUCUUUCAGGUGAAGUGUGUGUGUGUGUGUGUGUGUGUGUGUGUGUGUGUGUGUGUGUGUGUGAGUUCAGUGGUGGCCUCACCUCUCUUGCACAUACUAAUCUCCUGUUUAGAUCUUCAGAUCUUUCAACUGGUUUAAGGGGAUUUUCGCCCCCUAAACUGUCCAUGUUAUUACUUUUAGUUGUACGUAGGUGGCUUAAAAUAUUAGGAAAGAAAACUAACCUUGCAAUGCCCAUCGGGACAUACAUUUCAUAAGCAUUCAGAAGUAAGGCAAGUUGUGUGAUUCAACAAGUAGGCCUACGUAACAGGUUGGGCUCACCUCAAUCAAAUCGCCUCAAUUCUACCAUAGUGUUCCGCAUUCAUAUUUUUAAAUACCCAUGUUGGUUUCCCCAGAUGUUUUGUUUUGUUAUUGCAAUUUUUUUGCAUGUUACCUUGAUGACAUUAUCUAACUGCCUUCUUUUUUUCAUACCGUCUUUCUGUUGAUAAUGAACUCAUAUUGUCUAUGCUUGUCCAAAAAAAAACAAAAAAAUAGUGUUGGCUUGAUAUUGGGCACAAGGCUGCAAUUUUCUGCAGGGUUUUUAAGAGAUGGAGAAUUUUAUUUUAGUUUCUGGAUGCAUUUGGAUUGAAAUGAUACAAUCUCAGUCGCUGGAUGUCAUGAUCUAAGUGUAGAACCAAAUUGGCUUCACCAAGGAGAUCAGAAAGUUGGGCCACUUUGAUCCAUUCAUUCACAAAAGUCUGAAAAGAGUUUUUCUAAGCCCAACCCAAGGGUCCAUCUGUUCUAAGUUCUUCAUUCAAACUAUGCCUCCCACCCACUUACCCCACUCCAGAUCUCCCAUUACUAGGAUGUAAACAGCAUUUCCAGUUUGCAAUGGACAAGCAAUGUUGACUGGUCCACCUGUUGUGCAAAUCUAGAAGUGCUUAGCUUGAAUGGCCAGGCUGGUGCAGGAAAUUGUAGUCCAAUGCAACCAAAGGAGGGACUUCCCUGGCUUAAGCCAUUGGUCCUCUGUAAACCACUUUCCAUCACAGGACUCAAUCCAGGGGCUUGGAUCUGUUACUGUUCGAUCACAUUGGGUGAUCUUGAGGUCUUGCCAUUAUGAGGAGAAGGCCUUCUCUUCUGCCACAUUCUGUACAUCAGGGGUCUCCAACCUUGGCAACUUGAAGACUUGUGGACUUCAACUCUCAGAAUUCGAGCUGGCUGAGGAAUUCUGGGAGUUGGAGUCCACAAGUCUUCAAGUUGCCAAGGUUGGAGACCCCUGCUCUACAGCAUCCAUAUGAAAUCAGUUCAAGACCAGCUCUUGACUUUUCACUUCUCAUAAGGGAAGACCCAGCUCUGUUUGUGUGGCUUGCUUAUUUUUACACCUUUGUAUAUAAUACUCUGGAGAUAAGGCAGCAAUUGUCCUGGCUAGAGAUUAUGGGAGCUCAGUCUAAAAUCAGAAGAUUUUUGGAGGGCUGGUUUAGACAGUAGUAGUACCAUGUCUGCAAUUUUACUUCCAAUCCUUUUUCCUGUUGAAUUAUCAAUAGCUGGGUAUUUGCCUUCCAGUCAUCCCAUCAGGAAUGUCAAUGAACAUGUAUCGUGUUUGAGCCUUUGCAUGGAUGCUGCCCAAUGAGGUUUGUUAAAUUUUAAUGGCCCUGCAUUUAAAAAAAAUAAAAACACCCACAAUAUUCAAGUUUUAAUUUUUUGAGACGGCCUUUCCCUCAAAGAACGGUCUGAGUCCCUUUGGUUUCAGAGCGAGAUCUGCUAUGUCAAAAUAGAACUGCUACCUGCUGUUGAUUUAAUUUUUUGAAGUUGGUAUGAAGCAAAGCAUUUGAGAAGGCAGGUUUCCAGUUUAGCUUCCUCCUCUGCAUACGGCGCGGCUUCUUCCGAGGAGGAUCCCACAUAAAGUGAAGAUUUAACUUCGUUAGCACCGACUCGCCUGUUUUGAUGUUACUAAGGCAGUUGAAUCCCAGGACUGAUUGCAAAGUGGAACCGCUGCUUAGAUCUCUGGGAAAUGCGGAGGGUUGUUUAGUACAAUAUGUUGGGUCUAGGAAUGACACUCCUGUUGUCGGUAUAAUGUUUGAUAUAGUUAUAUUUUUAAAACAAAAUUCCAUUCCAGUAGUUGGUGACAUUUCAUUGUGACUUUUGUUUAAGUUCGUUCCCGUUAUCUAUUCAGGUAUUCAUUCAUGCAUCUCCUGGCAAGAGGGGUCAGCAAGUUUUUCAGGCACCAUAACCACCACCCCUUCCCGUUUUUUUUUUUAAAGUUAUGUUUGACAACUUUGCCCAAAUCCCAUAUAAGAUCCUCAGAUUUUACAAAAAAGAUGAACCAAUUCAAUUUAAAAAAACAAAAUACAUAUAUUCUUGUUUUAAGUUAAGAGGUGCCAUGUUGGUGACCCCAGCUCUGAUCUAAUCCUGGCCUAAUUUUUUUUCCCAGUGGGAAAGGUCCUUUGGCCGAUCAGGCAAAAUUGCUCGGCGUGGAGAAUGGUUACAUUCCUCUCCCAUCCCAGGGGGAGAUCAAAGCUGGGAAAAUUGGCAAGAAGACGGUCCUCCGUUACCCGUUCUGCGGCUAGAAUUUUUGAAACGCCUGAAUAUGGCUAAGGAUUUGAUCCACUGCGGUUCAUGGCAUUAGAUCAGCCGCGGUUCCAAUCGUGAGCUUUCUUUUCCUGGAGGUGCUGAAGAUACAGAACGUGUCAUGGGCUUUGUUCAACGAAUUAUGAGUCCUGUUUGAAGGACCGGUUGGAGACCCCUGUUCUAAUAGGUUUUAAGAUCCACUACAAUCCAUUACAAUUAUGAGAACAUUCGUGGCCAGGAAUCCUAACUAAUUUGGAAGCUGCGAGGCGGAAGUCUAAUUCUGGAGUUCUAGAUGUUCCAUCGAUAUUAGUUCUGGAGCAUUUCUGAUGUGGAAUCAAAUAACACUAAGCAGAACUUCCUGCAGGCUGCUGCUGCUGCUGCUUCUAACACGUUGACCCUGAGCCAAAUCUCCACGUGCAUCUAGAACAACCACGUUUGCAGAUUUCUCUGAGCAUCUUAAUGGUAGGUAGCUCCCAUUGGAGUCUAGGGAAGAAAUGCCCUCCAUCCAUGUAUUUUGGAGAAUUUGAAAGGGAUAGAUUACGGCCCUCUGGCCUAACGCAAGUUCCAGGCAGCUUUUUCGCACACGUACAUGAGGUUGGGUGCGUGUGUGUAUCUGUGUGUAAUUGUCAGCUUUGAAUUCUAUAUCCUUCCUAUCCACUACCAAUCCAUUCGCAUUUUUCAUUGGGGCUGUUCAGUCCAGUAGAUUACGGGUAGUCAGUUGACAAGAGAUCUGGUUUACAGAAACAAAUGACACAUUUUACUACAUUUUGCAAGACUAUAGUUCGUAGUUUAUAAACGCUAACAAUGAUUUAAGGGCACUUUUCAGUGUGCGUGGGGUUUCCCCCCCCCCCAGGAUACCAAUGUUGUUACCUUUACCGUAGGCCAAACCCAAGAACCUGCGGCCACGUCUCAAUCGCAACUCCUGUAUCCUCGUGGAUCCUAUGCCCAGAUUGUGUUCUGUAUCUUCAGUAUCCCAGCCUUCCAGAGAGCUCGGGAUAGAUGGGAUCAUCCAUCCAUCAUUUCACAUUUACCUUGUUUAGAUAAUAGGGAGAGAGAGAGAGAGAGAAAACCUUACUGGUUUAAGAAAACGGAUUGAGCAUUGCUGCUGUUAAGCAGUCUCUCAGCAUCCAUCUUCAACUUAUUUUUCUUGGAAUUACAUUCAUACCUUUACAAUAAAAGGUGAAUGUGUUUGGGACUGGAAUUCUGCUUGGAUAAUUGCUUUAUUGUUACUUAGGUCGAAAAGAACAAACCUGACAGCCUCCUCAGUCCAGUUGGUGACGUGAUGAAAAUGUCACUUCUGCGGUUUAAUUCACUGCAUGGAAAAGAGAAUUUUUGUGUCCACCCAUUUUUUUCUCCCUUCUGUGGAAAAAAACAACAACAUGAUAGGUGACUUCAGAGAGUGUCUGCACAAUUUAUGUACAUAUUUAACAACUUUGAAGCUUUCUUUUAAAAGUCCAUUUUCUUUUAAAGGUCCCUAUUUAUUAUAAUUAUUUAAACAAAAAGUCUGAAGACGAUAUCUAUUUUUUAUCUCAGAAGCAAAUCCCCCUUCCCCUCUGCCUAAAUGAUUUUCUAGUGGUUUUGUUACUUUUUUUUUUCCCAUGGAUUUUCUGUUUUCUAAACCAGUGAGGUUUGUAAAGAAAGGAUCGGCCAGAGAUUUUCUACCUCUGGGACAAUACAAUUCAAUAUAAAUAUAAAUAAAAACCGCUUAAAAACGACACCCUUGUCCUUCCCUACCCCCCAAAACCCGGCACACACACACAAACAAACACACACACACACACACGACUUGAAAGUGCUAAGGAACUGAAUGCAUUUACAAAUAGAUUUUCCAACUUAACCUUCUUUAAAAUAUAAACUUUUUUAAAAAAUUUAAAAAAAACCGAAUAAAAUAACAUGCCAAUUUAUUACAGGAAGACUUGCUGUGUAUAAAUUAUUCCUAAAGAAAUUCCUGUGUUUAUAUUAAAAUGAAUCAGUAGAUGAUGGGGAAAAAAAGAUCAAUGUUUUUGUAUAUUCUGUUGUAAGAAUUUAUUCCUGUUGCGAUAUACUCUGGAUUCUUUACAUUAUGAAAAAAGAAAAAAAAAAGAACCUUUGUCUAUUUUGAAUGGCUGAUGCUGAAGCUCCUUUAGGUUCUCUUACCCUGCUUUUUUCUAGUAGUUAAAGUACUACAUGAUUAAGUUAAAUAAAAAUGGAUUCUGUAUGUA